GAGCGCAGAGCUUGCCUGUAGCCUUUUCACGCGCGCAGUUGAUGCCAUUUGGCUCAACUGAGAAGGCCAGCAAAAUGGGAUGAGAUGAGAGGUGUCUCGAACCCGCACCAAGCGGGGUUCUUGCCUGGGGAGUUGGGAUCCUUAACUCCGCGCUUGGUGCCUCGUGCUCCCACUUCGCCAAAGGCGGUGCGGAAGUUGCGGCAUCACUCUGAAGUGCCGAGCAAAGAGGUUCUUCCUUUGGCUGCGUUGCCACUCUGGGUUGGCACAGCGACUUGUGAGGAAGUGCCAGUGAAGAGCAUCAAAGCAGUAGUGCCGGAAGACCUGCAUCAACAUGAAGACGUGUCCUUGAUUGACGAAGCAGAGGCAGAUGCUUCGUUCUGUUCCGCACACGAGCGCUUCGUAGAAGCAGCUGAAAAUCUGGAGCAGGCCAUCAGCAUUCGUCAGCAGCUUCUUGGAGAUGACCAUGAGGAGUUUCUACGGUCCAUUGAAAGCUACGUCGGAAGCCAAGAUGAAAAACCGCAUCGGCUGGACAACAACCGCAUCAUUCGUCGGCAUGGCAGGGGAGCGAAUUUUCAGCCAAUGCGAAACAGCAUGAUCAAAGGUUGUGCACGGCUGUUGGAUGGUGUAGCACCCAUUUGCGGGUACAUAUUUGGCCCCAAUGAUUUCAACGGAACGGAACGUUUGGCAAAAAAGCAAGUCAGUGCUUUGUCAGUUUCUCGUUUGGCGGACUCUGGGCUCGAGUUCAAAGUUUGUUUUUUGUGUUGUUUUUUGUGCUCAUUUCCGCCUUUAGCUCUUUCACUUGUCAUUUGUUUUCUCCAGCGCAAUGGGUAGCAAGUGUGCUGUGGACGUUUCUGCGAACCUCCGGGCACCUCGAACACCUGUGUGCGAUGCUGAUUCAGCAUUGCGGCUGAGAGCACUGUGCCUAGAGCCGCCGCGAGCAUCUUUGCUGAAGCUCAGGAAGAUCAUGAAGGAGGAUUCCAUGUGCGCAGAGAGACAAAGCUCAGCCGAAAGCACUCUCCAGUCCUUCCGCCCUGGCCACGUUUGAACAAGGACACCAAGGCUUUUCCGGCCAUCGCGAGCUCUAAGACGACCUGUGGUGUGUCAUGCUCAUUUGGCCAGAAUCAAGUCACCCAAUUUUAAAUGCACCUUUCUGCAUACUGAAGCCCUGAUGAGUGCCGCAAUGUAUUUAGAAAGUUGCUGAGAUCACUUUUUGGCAGAUAGGCCCUUCGAUGUUGGGGUUUGCGCGGGCCUGUUUCAGUGAAUUUAGAAGCAAUGGGAUCUUGCAACGUGUGCCAAAGCGAUUCCAGACGUAGGAGUAGGAGAUCAUCGUUUUCAGCGAGAUUUUGACAGCCUACCUGAAAUGUAUACCAUAAACAUCCCAAAGCAUUCACGCUGUUUGGG